CACAAGGGCGAGUUGGGCUGGUAGAAGGAAAAAUUUGCAUUACAAAAUCCCACAACGGUUUGGAUCCCAGUGAAAAAUAUAUAUCGACGUCAUCAUGCCCGAAAAAUAUGAACGCAGAAGAAACUCAAAAAGAAUUGGAUCCAUGUUUCGAUGCAGUCAAAAUUUCUAUUAAAAAUUGUAAACGACCUGGUUGCAAGCACAGUACUGAGAAGCGAGCGUGUAUCUGGCCACAGCCAUGCCCAGCUGAUUGCUUCCAGCAAUUUCCACCAUCCGCAGAAUUCCCAAAUUGUUUUAAGUGGCCUCUAAAUUAAAACAUUGUCACCGCAAAAUUGUGCAUUAAGUUUUAUUCGCAGUUCAGCGAUCGCAUAAGAAAAUAUGACGACUGAGAAAUUCCAAAUGAAUAAAGGAACUGAUAAAGAAACAAAAUUUUCUUUCACCUGUCACACUGAAGGACACACUUUUUUGAACGUCAUGUAAAUUCUCUGUAUUCAUUCGACACAAAUAAAUUAACAAGUAUAUAAUCCGAUCGCAAUUAAUAUUAAAAUCAUCAUGAUGACGGAAACACAGCUUAUUGAUCCUGCCGAUGUAAUUUGCAAUUUAAAAGCUGCCGUCACGGCUCUAGAAUGUCAGCACCAAAUGGAAUUACUCAAGCCACAAAAAGAAAACCCACAAAAAUCAUCACCGUCUAUGUACAUUAUGUUACCCGUGGAGGAGUUACAAAAUGACACAUGCUCCGAAUAUAAUAAUGGACGACUCAACAGUACAAACGGACAAGAAAUGGACAAAGAGAGUGUCCAUAGCACUUACUGCAAAGAGAACGGAAAAGGAAGUGUGAAAAAUAAGAAGGAAGAGGAACGCCCACAAUGUAUAGAUCCUCGUAAUAUGAAAUAUCCGGAAAUGCGUGGAGGCGUUCUGUAUACUCGCUGCGGAUGCAUUCAUAGGGAUGGUCUUCAGGAUUCGUGCCCACUGAGCGAGUGUCAAGGACAGCCAGAGUGUCUUGUCAAGCCAUGGGCGAUAUGUCCUCCUGGAAAAUAUUAUCGAGCAAAACAUCCGGAAAUAUAUCCAAUGCCGCCAAAUGCCAACGCCAUCACAUACUGACUAGUAUAACAUUAAUUAAUAAGUGAAGUAUAAUAUAAUCGAGACUAGAUUUUAUGUAUACACCUAUAAUGAUUUUUGACUACCAUAUAUAUGAAACAAUAAAGAAUUUUUAU